GAAGCUUCUCUUCUAGGUGAACGUUAUUCGCCUCAACACCUACGGUUUAAUAGACCCGAACGCAUCGUCGAGAGAGAUAUUCAGAUCUGCACAACGUUGCUUCUAUCUUUUGGAAUCCGUCUUGGCGUUCCGCAGCAUCACAACACUAGUCUUCUGGCGUUGUAUUCACAACUUGCAACUGUUCACGUUCACACUGCUGCACUACACACUGAUCGACAAUAAUGGACAUUCUGAUCCUCAACUUGAGUUCGUCUAACCCGGGUAGUCGCUGAUGUAGCAUUAGCACGAGGCUUCAAUUGAUGCUAUAUGACUGCUAUUCGUCGGUGUGCAUUCUUGGACGCUAGGUCUUUGUUAACCGGGCCUUGAUUGAGAGGUUUGUGCGCGGCGUGUCGGUCUAAUGUUAAUCUUCCGAUGUUCAGAUGCCGCUCAUAGAGGAAGGGACCUCUGAUAGGGAAGUAUGAAAGACACGGUUGGCGGUUUAAUCCUUUCCCCACUUCACCACCUCAGACACAACCCUCCUCCAUCUAUCGCUUCUAAACCUUCACAGCAGGAACGACAUUCUAAACAAGAUGCCCAUUGCUGUAGUUAAUGACAUUGCGGGAAAGACGUUCGACUUUAUCAUCGUCGGCGGUGGAACCGCUGGGCUCGUCUUAGCUAACCGUCUUAGUGAAAGCAGCGACACUUCCGUUGUGGUGCUCGAGGCUGGAAAUGCUCACAUAGACGACCCAAUCGUUCUAUCUCCCACUGGCUGGGUGCCCCAGUUAUUCAAUCCUGAAUAUGAUUGGGGGUUUCAGUCGGUGCCUCAACCAUGCUCAAAGGACCAACGCUUGUUCCAGUUCCGUGGUAAGGGCCUCGGCGGUUCCUCAGGCAUAAACUGUCUUGCCUGGCUUAAACCACACCGGGGAGACAUUGAUGCCUUUGAGAAGCUGGGGAACCCCGGGUGGAACUGGGAAAAUUUCCAGCGAUACUCGAACAAGGCUGAAACUGUUCAUGCACCUGUACCGCCUACGAGAGUGUAUCAACCCACGUACAACCCCGAAGACGUGGGGCACGAUGGACCCAUUCCUCUCUCGUUUACUCCGGUCAGUUCGGGUGUCGAAUAUCCUCUCCAGAAGAGCCUCCAUCAACUUGGCAUAGAGACGACAAGCAAGGCUUUCGGUGGCGAGACCUGCGGCACAUAUCAAGCUCUCGCCAGUCUACACCCUGAGAAGAAAACGCGGACCGAUUCUGCGAACGCGUACCUUUUCCCAGUACUCGAUCGAUCCAAUCUUCAAGUGCUCACGGGAGCUCUGGUGACUAAAGUUAUCGCCUCUGGUACUGAGGAAACAGGCGUGACUGCGGAGGCCGUUGAAUUCGAGCACGAUGGAAAGAUCUAUCGCGUCCUGUGCCGCAAGGAGGUCAUCUUGUCUGCUGGCGCAAUCAAAUCGCCUCAGAUACUCGAGCUGAGCGGAAUCGGUGAUCGCGGGAUCCUUGAACCGCUUGGAAUCCAGACGAAAAUCCAUCUGCCGACGGUCGGAGAAAACACCCAAGACCAUUACACAAUCACAGGCCCUGCCCACGAGCUUCGUGAUGGUCAUGACAUUAUCACUAGCGAUUUGAUGACGAAUCCAGAGUUCAGAUCAACGUUGAAGGACCCCUACAAGGAAAUCGAGGGCCCACUUCCACUUUUGAUUACAGGAUUUGCCUUCUUCUCUAUUCAACAGACCAAUGUGGACGCUCAAGCCCUUAUUGAUAAGAUUAGCGCAAAGGUCAAUGACGAAUCCUCGCCUUACAGCCCUGGUCUUCGUGAAGUACUCCGCGUUCAAUUGGAGCUUUUCAAAGAUAAGAAUGUGCCCGAUAUCGAAAUAGCGGUCGUGCCUUUCUCAGUGUUUCCAAUUGGGCCGCCUGGAAAGCCUUACGUGAAUACCGCGCCUUUCUUGCUUCGUCCAUUUUCUAGGGGAACAAUCCACAUUACCUCUACCGAUCCUCGCGAGCCCCCUAUCAUCGAUGCUCAUUUGUUCGAAGAGGAGGUUGACAUCGAGAUCAUGGUCGCGGGUUUCAAGACGUCUCGUGAGGCGGCAAAACUGUCUCCUCUGAAGGACAUCAUUGCGAGGGAAGCGAAGCCUGGUCCAGAAGUCGUCACUGACGAGCAAAUUAAGGAUCAUAUCAAGUCCAACGUCGGAACAUCCUGGCACGUGUCGGGCUCUUGCUCUAUGCUUCCUAAAGAUAUGGGUGGUGUCGUCGAUCCGAAGCUCAAAGUGUACGGCACCAAGAACAUCCGAGUCGUCGACCUCUCUAUCAUGCCGAUCCUAGUGUCUACUCAUCCCCAAGCUUCCGUUUAUGCCAUCGCCGAACAAGCUGCCGAUAUCAUCAAAGCCGACCAUGCCUGAGUCGAGCAGGCUUUGCCCUGUUGCAGCCUAUAUUCUCUACAUUGUACUACUACCGUCUUCCGAUGAUGUGAUCUUUGAGUCCCAUGUAGUGUCAUCCAGUUCUUCGUGAUUCUGUGACAGACAGAGUGUGCACUUCGUCCUUUAUAUUAUGAGUAGUAAGGUCAUAUACCCUUCUGGAAUAGGGAAGCAAUGCGGAGGUUUGGAUACUUAUGAGUAUCGAAGCUGGAUGGGGUCCAGGCAAAUUGUGUAUUUGUUUGAUUCACAUAGCCAAGGUCCGAAAGAAAGAAUGCACACUCUAUCACGAAGAAUGAUGCAAUAUAAUAUCU